AUGCCAUUAUAUCACAUCGAUUUAAAUAAUAUUCAACGAAAAGCAACAUUGGAUUAUUAUCAAAAUCUAGUGAUACCAACAAUUCAAUGUCGAAACAAUUUGACAAUGUUUACUUUAGAUAUCGAUGAUGAUUUAUGUUCAUGUAUUCGUAUUCUGGAUCAAGUAAAACUAGAAAAUGUAACAUCAUUAAAAAUCAAAAAUUUAAAUAAAGAUAAUGCUAUUUAUUUACUAUCUCUAUUACCAUCGUUGACACAACUAGUCUUCUUACGUAUUCAAUCAAAAGUCGAUUUAGAUUUAAACCAAUUUUCACAAUUCAUCACCAUGCCUUCAUUAAAACAAUUUGAAUUAUUAUUUUUAAAUUAUUAUUAUCCAUCAUAUUCAACAAUUGAACUACCAAAUAUAGUAUCAAAUAUUGAAUAUUUAUGUGUAUAUCGAUAUUUUCGAAUCCAACAAUUCAAAGAAUUACUUCGAUAUUUACCAAAACUAAAGAAACUAUUUAUCUACAUUAGAUCUCAUGUGUAUUCAACAUCUAUUGAUAACAAUAAUAAUAAUCUUCAUCAAUUGGUACCGAAUUUAAACGAUUUACAAUUAUAUGUACAACUGUUAGAAUUUGAUCAAUUACAACUUUUGCUACGACCGUUAUCUCAUCAAUUAAAACGUCUCGCAAUAUCAUGUUGGUCUUAUGAGUAUGCCGAUGGUCAAAAAUGGGAAAUAUUCUUAAAAUCAUUUUCAGUAUUAAAACAUUUUCAGCUGGAUAUCACGUUAUCUGAGUUACCAGUCCAUCCAAUUAACAUCAAAGAAAUAUUAUCAUCAUUUCAAACAAAGUUUUUCCUGGAUGCUCGUUGGUAUUUUGCAAUUGACUAUAAUCCAAAUGUUGACAUCAAAUUUGUUUUUUAUUCGUUACCAUGGCCCAUUAAAUAUUUUCAUACAAUUCUGUAUGAUAUAGAAACGUUGUCCACAAAAACAACAAUACCAGAUCAGUCCUAUCCGACUAGUAAUGUUCAACAUCUAUAUAUCCAAUUAUAUGAUCAAAGAUCGAAUGCAAUAACUGGACAACGUUAUUAUUCGAAUGCUGAAUCCUUAAUUUUAAUUAAUCGUUUCUCAGAUCAUAGUAAUGAGCGUUCAUUGCAAAUGAUUAAUGAUUUAUCUCAUACAAUUGAUUUAACACGGAUAAAAUCUUUAAAACUUAUCGAUUUCGAUUCUCUGCAACCAUCAUUUCUAAUUCCAUUCAUGAAUUAUUUCCAUAAUUUAUUCGAAUUAAAACUUCCUUGCAAUAUCUAUCUACAGCAUCAAAGUUUAAUAUCAACGAUAUCAACUAUCCACACAUUAGUACUUUAUUAUGAUUCCAAUCAUAUCACUAAAGAUGAACUAUGGACUGGUCUGUCACAAUUAUCAUUGAAUAUAAAACAUUUCAAAUGUGUAACCAAGCACCCAACUACAAUCAAUGUACAUUCUUUUCGUAAGCCUGAAAAUCGUCAAAGUAAUAUCGAUGAAUUAGUAUCGAUUCUUAAACCAUUAAAUUUACAUUGUAUUGCUGUUGAAGAAAUACAAAACAAUGAUAAAUGGAAGAAAUUUUCUCAAGAUAUGUCAUUACCUUAUUCAAUCUAUGGACCAUGGAAUGGAAAUGCUGCUGGGAAUGGUAUUCUAUCAUGUUAUCCAAUUCAAUCUUAUUCAAAUCAACAAUCAAGUUUAAUUUGUCAAGGUGGUACUAGAUCUUUUCUUCAAUGUUCUAUAGAUGAUUUUACAUGUGCUGUGACACAUUUAGAUCAUAUGGAAGAAGAUGUUCGAUUAGAACAAAUUAAAGAAUUUAAACCAUAUGAUCCGGAUAUCGAUAUACUUAUGGGUGAUAUGAAUUCUUUAACAAGAGAUGAUUAUUCGGAUAAUUAUUAUGAAAAGAUUAUUGUCGAUAAACGUGAAAAAUCGAAUUGGGAAAAACCUCGUUUUGAUUUAACUCAUUUAAUAACACAACAAUGGAAUUAUCAAGAUGCAUUUAAAUUAAUAAAUCCGCAAAUAAAAGAUGAACAACUGUCAACAUGUGCAUAUGGAACACGUAUUGAUUAUAUUUAUGUACAUCCUCGUGUUAAUGAACGAUGGAAUUUGACAAAAUGUUCGAUAAUUGAUACUAAAGGAGUGACAGAUCAUAAUUGUGUUUAUGUUGAAUUUAGUAAACAUUCUUCAACCUAA